CACACACACACACACACACACACGCACACACAAUGUAUUCCCCGGUUCCCGUCAGGUUCAGUUCAGAGACGGACUGAGGAAUUGCUUCGCUCUCACUCCUCGCUCGGUUCAACAUGGACUCAGUGAAUUUGCUGUUCUUCCUGGCAGUCAGCGCCUUCACUGUGAAAGUUUCUCUUCAAGGGGCACAGCAGCACAGACUUUACCAUGACCUGAUGUCUAACUACAACCCACUGGUGAGACCAGUCGGCAAUGACUCUCAGUCUCUGACCGUUCACUUCGGCUUAACCCUCAUGCAGAUCAUGGAUGUGGAUGAGAAGAACCAGGUUUUGACAACCAACAUUUGGCUACAACUGUACUGGGAUGACCAUUACCUCCAGUGGAAUACAUCAGAUUAUCCAGGUGUGACCAAUGUGAGAUUUCCUGACAAUCUCAUCUGGAAGCCAGACAUCCUGCUGUAUAACAGUGCUGAUGAAAGAUUUGAUGCUACGUUUCACACCAACAUUUUGGUCAACUCCUCGGGCACCUGUUCCUACUUACCUCCAGGCAUCUUCAAGAGCACCUGCUACAUUGAUGUUCGCUGGUUCCCCUUUGAUGUCCAGAGAUGUGACCUGAAGUUUGGCUCCUGGACAUAUGGGGGCUGGUCUCUGGACUUGAAGAUGUUGGAAGCGGACAUCACAGGCUACAUCGCUAACGGAGAGUGGGAUCUUGUCGGGGUUCCAGGACGAAAGAACGAGCGUUUCUAUGACUGCUGCGAGGAGCCGUACCCGGAUGUCACCUUCACCGUGGUGAUGCGCAGACGGACGCUCUACUACGGCCUCAACCUGCUCAUCCCCUGUGUUCUCAUCUCCACCCUGGCCCUGCUCGUAUUCCUCUUGCCUGCUGACUCUGGGGAGAAGAUUUCACUAGGCAUUACUGUCCUGCUCUCCCUGACUGUCUUUAUGCUGCUGGUUGCAGAGAUUAUGCCCGCCACAUCGGACUCGGUGCCUUUAAUAGCUGAGUACUUUGCCACCACUAUGGUCAUUGUUGGUCUAUCUGUUAUUGCUACAGUUCUUGUGUUACAAUAUCAUCACCAUGACCCUGAUGGAGGCAAGAUGCCAAAGUGGACCCGUGUAAUUCUCCUGAACUGGUGUGCCUGGUUCCUACGUAUGAAGCGCCCGGGUGAAGAGCGGGUACGUUCAGCCUGUCACAACAAGGCUCCACGGAGCAGCCUGACCAGCAUGGAGCUUAAUGCUAGCACCUCUGCCUCCCAGUCCACCAAUGGCAACUUGCUCUGUGUUGGUGUCCGUGGCCUGGAAAGCCUCCACUAUUCUACAGUUGCCACCUCUCCUGAAUCUGGAGUCCUCUGCGGGCGGCUGGUUGGCCGAGCAGGUGAGGAGGAGAUUCUUCUCCCUACAGGUCAGGGCCCCUCUGCAGGCUGCAUGGAACCAGAGAUGAACAAGAUCCUUGAAGAAGUGCGUUACAUUGCCAAACGCUUCCGUGACCAAGACGAGGACGAGUCUGUGUGCAAUGAGUGGAAAUUUGCUGCGGCUGUUAUCGACAGGCUUUGUCUCAUGGCUUUCUCUCUCUUCACCAUCCUCUGUACCAUUGGCAUUCUCAUGUCAGCACCCAACUUUGUAGAAGCCAUUUCUAAAGACUUUUUCAACUGAAAAAAAAAACCUAAACCAAUCUUCCUUAUGACAGAUUGCCAUUUUUAAACUCAUGGGGCAGGAUUUCGAUAAGUGAUAGGUAAUUGGGGCUUGUAUUUUACCUAAUAUUAAACUAAAAUUGAAGUCAAUAUGUUAAAGUUAAAAUUAAGGAUUUAAGGCAAAGUGUAUGUAUGACAUAACAAGCUUGACUUUUAUAUGAUACAGUCUAAUAGCAUAUUAAAUGGAAAAACCCAUUGUACUGUUUUAACAUGAAAAUACUAAGCAUUGUUUAACUGUUGUAAUUUGCUAACCUACAAUGAAUGCUACUGUUUUGUGUUAUGUAAUGUUGCCUGUGCACUAUUGUUCAUCAUAAUGCAUCUAAUCUCGCUAAAAUCUACUCUAUGUACAAAACAGAACAGCUACAGUACCUCCAUAUAGUAUAUCUUGUACUGAAAUAUAUUUGUUGCAUCAUAUGAGUACUUGUAUAUGGAAAACAGUUA